AUGCCCGCCUCAGCCCGUGCUGCUCAAGUGCGAGCCACGACUACCUCGAGUGCUCCUGUCACUGCAAUCGCUCCACUUCCUGGUCGCAGCGCUGCCCUCGUUGGCUCGGCCCGCCUCCUCACCUUCGUCUUGCUCAACUCGCCCUCGCACACCCGCCCGACCCGUACUUGGUCCGUCUUCAACCGCGACCGCAUACACCGCAUCGUCCUCGCCGACUCGGGCCAGCCGUCAAGCGCCCAAGGCCUGCGCGCGCUCGUCGUCGGCGGCAAGGAGGCGGUGCUCGUCGACCUCGACCGCGACGGCGACCACCUCGAGGUCAUGCAACGGUUCCACCUCGACGACUUUGCCGGCGACGCCGCUUUUCUCGACAACGACUUCGUCCUCAUCUCAACCCUGCACAACACCAUCCACGUCUUCCGCCUUUUCCCCUCCUCCACGACCUCCUCCUCCUCACCUCCUCGAGCCAGCCUCGGUUUUUCGUCGACUCGCCCUCUCUACUCGCUCAACGCGCCACAGCGCCCGACACUCUGGUGCACCCGCUUCGACCGCCAGCACUACCACUCGGACCCGGCGCGAGGCGACGAGGGCGGCAUCCGGCUCGGCGCCGGCAGCCUGUGGGGCGACACGUUCCUGUGGGACGUUGGCUCGGCGAUGGCCCUGCGCGAGAAGGGCACAAGGUGCGUCGACCUGUUCCGCUCUCUCGGCCCGAGCGCUCGUCCGCGAGCGGCCUCGCUCAUCCUCGUCAACAACUUUGUCACACAGGGCGCCGUGUUCACUGUCGCCUUCUCGCCCUGCACCGGCUUCCUCGUCACGGGCUCGGACGACCGCACGCUCCGCGUCUGGAACCUCGCCCUCCUCCCUCCUCGAACGCCGUCACCGCCAUCGUCGUCGACACCGCCUGCACCCGCCAUAGAGCACCCGCACCUCGCGCUAUGGGGCCACUCGGCGCGUGUCUGGCGAGCCGUCUUCCUCGCCCCGACGACCUUCCCUCCUCGUCCUCGUCCGCCUCCAGCCCCGUACACCGCAGCCGGCAUCUCGGCCCGCUCCUCGCUCGAAGAGAUCGACAUUGCGAGCGUCGCCGAGGACGGUACCGCACGCGUGUGGCGUGUCUCGCUCGCCUCGCUCGACCCGUCCGCGGCGCGAGCCUCGUCCUCGGCGGCAGCGCCCGACAAGGGCUACGAGCUCGUCGCGACGUUCCGCGACGGGCACGAUGGACGGUCGCUGUGGGCGGUCGAGGGCGCAGAGGGCGUCGGGAGUGAGCGGGACGGUCGGCGGGUCGUCUUGACGGGCGGUGCGGACGGAGCGCUGCGGAGCUGGGUGGUGCCGCCGAGCGGGCCAGUCGAGUCGCCAGGCGGCGAGAUGGCGGGCAGCAGGAGCUUGACGAGGGCCCGCAAGGGGUCGAAGGUCAAGGCCUUCGUGGCGGCCGAGUCGGUGGGCGGCGACGAGGACGGCGGCGAUAUGGUGGUCGUGCUCCGGGACGACGGCUCCUUCGUCGCCGACUUUGCCCCCUCGACCUCGUCCGCCACGUCCUCGUCCCUCCCCUUCCACCUCCCACCCUUCCACACCUCGACAGCAUUCGGCGGCGUCUCGCCGACCUGCAUUUUCCGCCUCGUACCAUCACCCUGCGACACCACCUCGACUCGUGCCCGCCACUUCACCCUCCUCGCCUUCUCUAACCGCGGCGCGUUCCUGCGCGCUCGGCUGUCGAGCGUCCGGGCGCUCCUCGGCGAGGUUGUCGAGACGGCGUUCGACGUGCGACCCGCGCUUGUGUCGCCGAGGCUGGACGAGGACGACCAGGGGCGAGUGCGGGUCGCUGUGUGGGACCGUGCGGCGUGGAAGGUGGCGCUUCUCGAGGUCGACCUGUCGGACCCGCUCAAAACCGCACCCGCCAUCAUCGCCUCGAUCGUCCUGCCCGCCGACCCGGCUCGCGCGUCGACCGCCCUGCACCUCCUCUCGCCGACCCUCCUUCUCCUCGGCACCUCGGCGGGCUCGAUCGAGCUCUACUCGGCAUGCGCAGGCGGCAGCCUCGAGCGGCUGGGCGUGCUGAACGGGCUGCACGACGGCGGGAUCGUCGACCUGUGCGCGCGCCGUGGGGGGGACGGACCGGCUUGGGCGGUCACGAGCGUUGGGCGGGACGGAGCGCGGCGUGUCACGCGGCUCGAGGUCCGAGGCGAGGGAGAAGGGCUGUCGGUGGGGUUCGAGCGGUUGGACGAGAGGGUGCUUCACCGAGGAGCUCUCGAGCAGGUCAUCUCGUUGGGCGAUCAAGGCGAGCGGUACCUCGCUCACAACGACGGCCGCACCGUUCUUCUCGAUCAUCUCGGACAACUUAUCCAGUCGUUCGACAACCCGUCCAAGAAGGUCCCGUCGCAGCUCGUCCGCUCGAGCAGCGGGUCCAUGCGCUUCUACCGCGUCGUUCCGGGUCAAGUGCACGUCCAGUCGAUCCCGGCCGCCCCGACCUUCUCGGCACCUUUCCUUCUUCCAGGCCUACACGGUCGCGAGAUCAGGGCCAUCGAGGCCGUCCAGACGCAGAAGGGCCACGCUUUUGUCGCGACCGCCGCCGAGAACGGCGUACUCAGCGUUUCCCAACUGUGCAACUCGACAUGCCUGAUGACGCCCUUGUGGACCGCAAGGAACCUCCCGUCGGCGCUCAAAGAGCUCGCCUGGUCGCCUCGUCCUUCCUCUUCGUGCGGCGACCGCGAGUUGCACACCCUGUUCGUCUGCGGCGCACAAGAGCUUCUGCAGGCCUACAUCAUGUCGACAUCAUCAUCUUCAUCGUCAUCGGCUAGCCUUGAGGGCGAGCUCAACGUGCUCCCGGCGGGCCAGGUCAUCAGCAGCGAGGGCGGCGAGGUGCGCGCGAUGGACCUCGCUGUGGCGGCGCUCGGUGCGGCCGCAGAAGGACGUCACCUCGUCGUCGUCGGGUACUCGGACGGCUCGCUCAAGAUCUGGGGACAUGACGCCCGCUCGAGCAGCUUCAGCCUCGUCGCCCGCUCAGUCGAGGCGAGCAAGUGCAUCCUGUCGGUCGAGGUCGUCGAGGUCGAGCUGAGCGAGGUCGAGCGGCGAUGGGUCGUCGUGACGGGGGCGAGCGACGGACUGCUCGCCUUGAGGGACGUCACAAGCCUCGUCCUGUCCUCAUCUUUGCCUCAAGGCGCACAUCUUUCGCCACCCUCGUUCGCGUUCCGGCCGCACCAGUCGGGCGUCAACGCGCUCGCGCUCAGCUGUUCGAAGCAGCACCUCAUGAUCGCGACUGGCGGCGACGACAACGCCCUGUCGGUCGGCUCGCUCGAGCUGUCCUCGAGCGACGGCCCUAGCGGGCCGCUCUGCGCCCGCCUCGUCGAGCACGCGACGCUCUCAGGCGCCCAUGCCUCUUCGAUUCAAGGGCUCGACUUUCUCUCGCCGACGAUCCUCGCCUCCUCGUCGGCCGAGCAGCGCCUCAACCUCUACUCGCUGUCGCGCAAACCUUCCUCCUCGACCGCCACCACGACUGGACCCGCACUCGAGCUCGAGCUGUCCGACUCGACGCCGCUCAACGUGGCCGACUGUGGCGCUCAGGCGGUGCUGCGCCGUCCUGCAGGUGAAUGCUCGGACGAAAGCGAGGAAGCGCGGUGGCAGGUGCUCAUUGCCGGUAUCGGUGUCGAGGUCGUAGAGGUCGGCGAGGCGUGCGCGCUGGAAUAGAGACGAGCCGGACGGCCUUUCGAGUGGGCCGACCAGAUCUCGCAAAA